GACGAACUUUUAAAUUUUGUGUUUGUAUUGAGUGUUUGUAUUGUUAUUUGGUUUUUAAAUUAACUCUGACUGUUUUAAUAAUAUAUAUUUAUAUUGUCGACAAUAAAAUGUAAUUUUACUAUAGAUUUGCCAUGAGCUCAGAUAGAUUAAGUUUUAAUUGUAAAGGUACUGUAAAAGUAAAAUGGAAAAAUCGUUCGCACAGAUCCGAAAAGAGCUUAACGAAUUAGGAUAUACUGAAACCUUAAGACCAGAAUGUUUGCCAUUAGUUCGAAGGCUUCUUGGCGAUCUAAUUAUUACCACAGACAGUCUAAGGAAGUACAUGAAAAUCUCCCAACAAGCCUUAGAAGAAAGGGAUACUUUACAAUUAGGAGCUGAGCCAUAUAAAUGUGAUAAUGCAAAACUUGUGAAGGAAUGCAAUGAGUUACAUCUAGCUUUCAUACAGUUUAAAGAAGAACAUGAAAAAGUUCAAAGAGAUUUAAGAACUAAAAUAUUAUCAUUAGAAAACCAGGUUACAGAUUGUGGUAUUGAGAAACAAAAACUUAUAGAUAAAUUGAAAGAACUACAAUCUGAUUUUAAAAGUCCAUCAACAACAAAGAGAGGUCACACAAAUUACAAAUUUCAGGCACAGUCUCCCAAAUUAAAGUCAAAACAAGAAGCAGAACAAAACAGACAAUUCCAACUAAGCACUGCCAUGGCUACAGCUGAUUCUAGAAUAGCCUAUCUUAGUCAAGAGAUUAAAAAAUUAAAAGAAGAACAGCUGCAUCUUUUAAAAAACAAUGAUUAUUUAAAUUCACAGCUAGAAAAUCGCAAUCAAGAAAUAAAAAGGCUGAAUACACUUAUGGAAGGAGGUAGACCAGCAAAAGCAAUAAGUAGAGAUUGUUGCUAUAAAAAUAUUGACAAUAAAAUUGGAUCUCUACAAGAUGAGAUAAAUACGUUGAAAAGAGAAAGAAAUACACUUCAAAAUCAACUGACAGAAGCCUUAGCGAGGCAGCAUGAGGCUAUGCGACGAGCUCUUACUUUAGCAGAGAGAAACAAACUUUUAGAAGACGAGAUGAAAAACAUUGACCAAAUAGCACUGACAGUGGAAGCUCAGUGCAAUGAUACAGUGAAGACGAAUAUUGAAAAAGUGUCACGAUUGCAGGAUCGAAUGAACGAAUCAGUAGUAACAGUGCAAACAUUGGAACGGGAAGUCACCAAACUUAAAGUGGAGAAAACGGAAUUAAUUUCCGAGUUGGAAGCUGUCAAAUUUGAAAAGAAAAAUUUGCAGAUGCUGCUUGAAACGGAAACUGACGACAAAAAAAGACUUAUGGACCGCCUAAAUAAUUUUACAGUUAUAGAACAAAGUUUAAACAUGGAAAUUGACAGAUUGUUAAGACUUUCAGGAGAACAGAAACGAAAAAUUGCUGAAUUAGAAUCUGAUGUUAUAGCCAGUAAAGUUGUUUCCUCGAAUUUAAGAUCAAGCCUUGAUGUAGAAAACUUGCAGAAACAACGAUCUCAAAUACCUGAUUCAUCCGCUCAUACCAAAAAAAUAUCGGUUACAAAAAUUCACAAAAAAACUUGCAGGAAAGCUCUUUCAGGAUCAGCUAAACUGGAUUCGGUAGCGAAUGAAGCAAAAGAGAGCUUAGAUCAGAUCAAACCUUCACCUCCUGGCUUGCAGUACGAUCCUAAAAUGGGAUCAAAGUGUUGUUGCGAAGUUGGCGGUUGUAUUAAAUGGAUGAGGGAGCUGCUCGAGAAAGAUAUGGCUUUGAGACAAGAACAGGCUUCCCAGCAAAUUGAAUCUUUACGAAAAGAAAAAGAAUUUUAUUUAAAGGAAUACCACAAAUUAUUAGAACAUAAUAAGUCAACACCACAAUUUGAGAAAUCCAGUAAACAAGUUGAAGAGUUAAUGGAUAAAAUACGAGAAAAAGAACUGAUUAUUACUACUCUCCAAGAUGAUUUAAAAACUGCCACUACCGAAAGGUAUGCUUUGUCGUCCAGGCUUGAAGCUCAGAGUCGAGAAAUGACUGACAUUGAAGUAGAUAGAUACUGUACGAAGACUGCCUGCAAAAGAAGAGCGAGAGAAUUAGAUGUACACCGAGAAGAAGUUAAACACCUAGAGAAAGAAAACUCUGCACUUAAAGGCAGAAUACAAGCUCUUAACGAAUCUUCGGUUUUCAACGAAGAAAGAAUGAAAAGGGCUUUUCAAGAAAUGGAGGAACAUAUAACUAAACUCGAGAAUGAAAGAAGAGAUCUAGUUAUUAGCCAAAAUACUAAUCGGUCUAACAUAACGCAUCUUGAAGAUGAAUGUCAGAUCCUUAAAGAGAAAUUGAAAUUAGCACAAAACGAAGCUAAUACACAUAAAGCCAAUUAUGAACAGCUGAAAAUUCUCCAUGAUCAAUCGAAUCGAGCAUUGUCUGAUACACAGUCCCAGCUUCUCAGAGCCGAAACAGAAUUACAGAGUCUACAUUCCAAGAUGAAUCUAAGCCAUCGUGAAACGUCCGGUUAUGAAAGGGAUAUCGCUCGUCUACAAGGAGAUGUGGAAGUUAUGAAGAGUCAACUAAAUAAGAUCGAUAAAGAAAAGGACGAGUUAUUGAAUGUUGUGGACGAUAAAACUGAGCAAAUAGACAAACUAGAAAAUCAACUUAAAGAAAAACGACAUCAGAUCAGUGCUUUGGAAAUAGAAAAUAAAGAGAUUAAGAGAAGACUGAGCAAAGUCAGCGACGAUUCGUCUUCUAAUGAACUGCAGCUAAGGAAUUAUAAACAAGAAAUAAAUCUUCUGCAACAAGAUUUGGAUAAUGAAAGACGUUUGAAAGAAGCCGUUAUUCAAGAAAAUAGGCGUUUGCAAGAAGAUCUAGCCAGCGUCUCACUAGACUGCCGUGAUGCUAGAAAAGAGCUCGAUAUAGCCAAGAGGCAGGUGGAAGAUUUGAAAACUCAACUGCAACAUUAUGUCGCCGAAGUUAAACGGACGGAAGACCUCAUAUCUCACAAAGAAUUAGAGAGGACAGAAAUAUUGGAUCAGUUUAAGAGCUUAUCACAAGAAAACAACCUUUUGGAAAGCACAAAUCACACUUUAGAAAACGAAGCAUCACAAUCCCGAGUGCAGCUCUCUGUUGCUUUAGACCACGCGACAGAUUUAGAAAGACAUGUUGAAAAUCAAGAGGCUAUUAUCAAGAGUUACGAAAAACAGAUAUCGGAAUUAACUACUCAGGUAGCGAGUUUAGAAAUCCAACUAAAGCAAGGUUCCUCCAUGAGCGUUAGAACUACAACAGAACUAAAACAACUAAAGGACCUGUGUGUGAAACUCGAUCAUGAAAAGGACGAAUUAAAACGAACAUUGAGAGAUAGGGAAGAUGAAAAAUCGAGUAUUGAGCGACAGAUUGAUCUUCUCUCUAGGGAAAACAGGGAAUUGAAAAGGGCUUUGGAUAAAGAUCAAGACAAUCAAACUGGUUUGGAACGAUUAUUAAACGAAGCUAGACAGGAAGUUAUUGAGCAAAGAUUACUUAAUGAAGAAUUGCGAUCAGAAGUUGCAAAAUUGGAAAUAAACGUCAAGGAUCUCCAAGAAAAACUAAGAUCAACAACUCAAGAGGUGAAUCUAUACCAUGAGAAGGCUUUAGAAUAUAGUCAAGAAAAUAAGCAGUUAAGGAGGGAUAUCGCCAAUGAAAGAUUUAGUAGGGCCAGAGAAGAUGACAAUAAACGUUAUCCUUCACUGUAACGCAUGCUAUUUGAUUUUAUAUUGAUUUUAUAAUUGACAGCGCAAGUUAAAGCUUUUAACGAUAGUACUUGAAAUUACCAUUUCUAUACUUUCUAUGCUUAUCUAUUUUUUUUAUUUGUCUAUCUACAUCUUUGUUUUAACUCCUAGAACUUUUUAUAUUAUAAAUGAAUGCCGGUGAAACGAUCGCUUCCUAACGGUUCGUUAGUCGGAGGAGGUGAAACUUCUUCGCACCUGACAGAACCUCACUAUAAUUGCUGUUCACUUUGCUGCUAACUAUUGCACAUCACUCCAGUCAUCAGAGACCAGAUGCCACUGGACCUUUAAAAAUCAUAGAAUUAAGGGGAAUUUUGAUAAGAACGUCCAUUUUGGGACUUUAAAAAUAUGCAAAAAAGUUUUCAAUCACUACCCCCGACUUGCCCAUAAAACUCUCCCCCGUAUCUGUUUUUAUUUAUCAAGAAUCUGAACGCUAUAGAAAAAAAUGUUUCAAAUAAAAAAUGUAAUGGAGAUAAUUUUAAACAAAAUUUUUAUUAGGUAGCACUUUUUGUGUAGAAUGAACCGUUCUCUCAUAAACAACGCUUAGAGUGGCUGGUGAUUGUGAAAGGUAAAAAUUCGAUAUUUUUUUAAUCAAAGUGUGCUAUCGAUAAAAAUCAAAGGUGAAUAGUACAGCUUUCGUAUACAAUUUUUGUUUCAAUAUUUCAUGAGCUCUAAAACAUUUAAAACUCCUUUUUUUCAAUUGCAUAAGUACGUUUUUGAAUACUAUACAACUUCAGCUACAAAUUCCAUCCAAUGCCGCCUUCAUGAAAACCGUUUCCUUGACGCGGCAUUGUUUGUAAAGUUAAAGUUUAAAUUCAUCGUUCUUUUAGGCAUAGGUCAAAUGCCUCAUAUUUGUUGCCAAUCGAAAUUUCAGCUUAUAGAUUUUGUAGAUUAGGUUCUAUUAAUUAAAAUUUUACAGCGAUCGAUUAAUGGAAGUGAUAAAUUUUAUUGAUCUUAUGAGAUUCGUUAAACAUUGAAUACGAAAGUUGCGCUUUACCUUUAAAAUGUAUUUUGAUUUUUGUCGAUAUAACACUCUUAUCAAAAGAUAUCGAAUUUUUACCGUCGAUUUGAUACAAAUGUUAUUUAAAAAAAUUAUUUCGCGCGCGUAACUCUCAAUUGAAAUCGCCGGUCGCUUGAAUCGUUGCUUCUAAGAGAAUGUUUCAUUCUAGAGAAAAAGUGCUAAUAAAUAUUUUUGUUCAAAAUUAUCUCAGCUCCAUUUCUUGAUCAAAACAUUUUUAUACGGUGUACAGAAUUUUGGUAAAUCGAUAUUCCCCCCCCCCAUAUUAGGGGUGGCAUUUUAGGGAGAAUCCCGGUAGUAGGAGGUGGCAAACUUUUUGAAGAACCAAAAUGCAUAUUCUCAGCAAAAUUCAAUAUGUAAGAAAUCUAAUCUCUGAUGACUGGACUAAGCAGUUGUUAACUUAUUUAUAAAUACUUUUCUAGUUCUAUGUUCAGUCAAUUAUUGGACAUUUUUAACAUUUGAUCUCAAUGAAGAUAGCCUCAAAUGAGUCUGAUAGAACUAAAUAUUGGUGUUUGGCAGUAUUGAAAUUUACAUAACAAAUAAAACAUAUGCAAUCAAAAGCAAUAAUAUAUUUAAAAAUUAAUAGUUUAGAAUUACC